GACUUUAAAAGUUUAGAGUGCGCUUUUAAAAUAUUCUAACCUUAAACCCUUCGAUUUUCUCAUUCCAGGCUUAUGUUCGUCUUUAUCAAAACCACUCUGCAUUUCAAUUUCCUUUCCAAACUCUCAAACCCUAUUACGAAACUCCAAAACUAAAAACGGGUUCGAGUUUAUUUUCAAUAAUGAAUCGAUUGAAGUUAAACGUCAAAUGUUAUCAAGUAUAUGGAAUUAGGUCACUCUGCAGUGGUAGAAUAGCUAACAACAAUUACGAUCUCUAUUCAAGUAUCAUGCAACUCAACCAACCUGGUACUAGUGUGCUUCCCAAACUUGAGAAGUGGUCUGGAAAGCAAGUCAAAAUUGGAGUCCUUUUUAAUGUCGUUCGUGAUCUCAGGCUGCGUAAGAGAUACUCACAAGCUCUUGAGGUUUCGGAGUGGAUUAGAAAAACCGGUGUAUGCAAAUUUACCCCAGUCAACCACGCUGUGGAGUUGGAUCUUAUUAGUAUGGUACAUGGAGUAGACUCUGCCGAAAGCUACUUCAAUAAUUUGACAGACCAAGAGAAAACCAUUCAGACAUAUGGAGCACUACUUCACUGUUAUGUGAGAGAGGGCUUGACUGAUAAGUCACUGUCCCAUUUCAAGAAGAUGAAGGAGAUGGGUUUGCCCUUAUCUUCUAUCACCUACAAUAACAUCAUGGCCCUAUAUAAGAAUACCAACCAAUAUGAUAAAGUUCUUGAAGUGUGGGCCGAAAUGAAGGAGAAUGGGGUCUUGCCCGACAGAAUCGGCUAUUCGAUGUGCAUAACCUCGUAUUUAGAAAGAUCUGAUGUGGAUGGAAUGGAGAAGGUUCUUCAAGAAAUGGAGCAGCAGGCCGAGAUGGUUGUGGGGUGGAAUACUUACACAAUGGUUGCCAAUUCUCAAAUUAAAGCAGGCAACAAUGAAAAAGCUCUUAUCUACCUGAAGAAAGCCGAGGAAAAACUAGAGAAAAAAGACGCUCUUGGAUACAACAAUCUCAUUACACUUUAUGCAAGUCUUGGCAAUAAAUCUGAGAUGCUUCGGCUAUGGAAUCUUAAGAAGGAAUUGUGCAAGAAGUUUAUUAACGUGGACUAUAUUACCAUGAUGGGAUCUUGGGUGAAGCUAGGUGACUUCGAAGAAGCAGACAAGUUAUUGAAGGAGUGGGAAACUUCUACAGUUGAUUAUGAUUUCCGUGUGCCCAAUACAAUUCUCAUUGGUUAUUGUAAAAGAGGUUUGGUUGAUAAGGCCUGGGAAAUGCUUGACCACUUAGUAAAGAAAGGGAGGACUCCAAUUCCCAACAGUUGGGGGAUAGUUGCCUUGGGGUAUGUAAAUAAGAAUGAGAUGGAGAAGGCUCUAGAGUGCAUGCAGUCGGCUAUGAAACUUCGUGUUGGUAAGCAUACAGCUUGGAAACCUAGUCCUGUAACGAUUACUGCUGUGUUGAGUUGGCUAGGUGAUACUUGUCGGGUCGAAGAGGUUGAAAAUUUUGUUGGUUUGUUAAAGAAUGUGAUCCCUAUGGAUAGAAAAAUGUAUCAUGCUUUGAUUAAGGCUAAUGUCAGAGAAGGAAAAGAGGUAGACGAGCUUCUUGAGAGUAUGAAAUCUGAUAAAAUUGAAGAAGAUGAAGAAACUAAGAAGAUACUAAAGCUGAAGAUAAGUUAAAGCCGACGGUGAGAUGUUUAUCGGUGAAUCCUGAACCUAAUGAGCACAUAUUACAUCCUCAUUGAUCAUAAUCCAGGGAAACCUGAGCACUGAAGCCUUUUCCAUGAUUUUCAUUUUGAAAUUAUCGGUGAAUAUUUUUAACAUAUGCCCACGAAUCCAAGUUCAUAUGGUCUUGAAUGCUCUGUUUUGGAAUAUAACUGUUUAAGCUUUUAAGGAUAUUCAAUUUUAGUGAUUGUAGGAAGUUUAUACCUACUGCUAUAAAUGGUAGUUCAUAGAGUUUGCAAGGAGUUAAUUUUAUGAUGACUUUUGUGAUAUAAACUUCUCCUAUUUUUGUGAAUUGUGGUCAAGUACGAGUUGGCUGACUACUGAUGGUUGAUUGUUGGAGCUGAUUACCUUCUAAUGAGUGUCCAUGUUAUCUUCUUUAUGUUAUUUUCUGCUAACGGCAUACUGUAUGGUUGUUGAACACAUGAUUCAGUUAAAAAGCUUCAGUCUUUCCUUUA